UAUGGAAAAACACCGCCGCGUUUUACUUCCGCGGCAUUAUCCCCGCGGGAUCCCGUGAUCGCGCUGCCGAAUGCCUCGAGUGCUUUCACGAGGUGCGCCUGAUCGCACUCGGUCCGCGGUGAUCGCUACGGUGCUACGUGAUCGGGGGGAAAAAGGAGGAAAAAAAGGGGGAAACGGCCGAGCGCUUCGGUGGAGCGAACGCUUCGGCCUCGUCAAAUACGGUCGUUCGUUCGGUCGGUUGGUCGGCUUGGGUCGGCUCGCGUCGCGGAGCGCGCGUCAAAUCAACGACCCACCGGGAUUACCGACGCGGUGGAUCCCGCCGACAAGGAACCGGUGGAUGUGGAUCAAUUAGACAGAUAGAAUUGGAUAAACGACGUCGCCGACAAAGACCGAAACGCGGAAGAGUCGCGCUUCGCGCUCGGAACGCUUAUUCCCCCCCCCCCUCCUCUCCGUGGGAUUAUUAUUAACAACGACUUGUCACUGUACAUACGUAUGAGAUACCUUAUCUUUCGUAGAUACAAACGCUGUUUUACACACACUGUGCUUUGCAGGAUUAGUCUGAAAAAUGUCCAACACGUUCCUGUAUUUUGCUUAUGGCAGCAAUUUACUCGCCAAGAGAAUACGUCUAAGUAAUCCAACUGCAGUAAUGAAAAACAUUGGUUACAUAAAGAAUUUCAGAUUGGAUUUUCAGAGAUAUUCUAAACGAUGGUGUGGAACAUCUGCAACAAUUGUAGAAAUGGAAAAUUCAGUUGUGUGGGGUGUAGUCUGGGAAUUAGACAAGUGCAAUUUAGCUACAUUAGACUGUCAGGAAGGUGUUCAAGACAAUAUAUAUCGUGCAAUGUCAGUAAACGUUGAAACUCCUGAUGGUAAAACGCUAAACUGUAGGGUGUACCAGCAGUGUAACAAUCCAAAGGAAUAUAUAAAGCCGGAAGACUUUCCAAUGGAUAAGAGACCCUCACCAUUAUAUUUGAGCAUGAUAUUAAAAGGGGCCGAAGAAAAUAAUCUUCCCUCCGAUUACAUGAAAUUUUUGAAAACAAUCCCACAUAAUGGAUAUGAGGGAGAAUAUGACAUUAGCCUUUCACUGAUUCAAAAUUGAUCGUUAAAACAUUUUUAUUGUACGAAUAUUUUUGGUAAUAUGGAUCUAGAAUCACGUAUUCCAACGCUGUAUCUGCCGUCAUUUCGUCCAACUUACAUCGAGGAAUCUUCAUUUUAAGAAAGUCCCUUUUGUUCACCUAGUGUAAAUAUAAUUAAAAAAGACAACUUAAUAUAAAGAUGUUAAAACUUGUAUGAGAAAUUCUAUAUGUAGAAUUUUACAAUUUUUCAUGUAUUUUAAUGGUAUUUACUCAGGGUUGCAUAGUAACUAGUUAAGAGUUAAAUAAUAAAGUUAAAAGUUAAUAAUGUUUAA